AUCCGCUCCGAGAGGCCGCUGUUCUCUUCCAACCCGGAGCUGGACAACCUGAUGGUCCAGGCCAUCCAGGUACUCCGGUUCCACCUGCUGGAGCUGGAGAAGGUCCACGAUCUGUGCGACAACUUCUGUCACCGCUACAUCACCUGCCUCAAGGGCAAGAUGCCCAUAGACCUGGUGAUUGAGGAUCGGGACGGUGGCUGCAGGGAGGACCUUGAGGACUACGCGGCCUCCUGCCCCAGUCUCCCAGACCAGAACAACACAUGGAUCAGAGACCAUGAGGACAGUGGGUCUGUACAUUUGGGGACCCCGGGUCCAUCCAGUGGAGGCCUGGCCUCCCAGAGUGGGGACAACUCAAGUGACCAAGCACCCGUACCCCUCAGAAGAGCAAAAGAAACAGCUGGCGCAGGACACCGGGCUCACCAUCCUGCAGGUCAACAACUGGUUUAUUAAUGCCCGGAGACGGAUCGUUCAGCCCAUGAUUGACCAGUCCAACCGCACAGGGCAGGGUGCAUCUUUCAACCCUGAGGGCCAACCCAUGGCAGGCUACACAGAGACUCAGCCACAAGUGACAGUCAGGACGCCAGGAUCAAUGGGGAUGAAUCUGAACUUAGAAGGAGAGUGGCAUUACCUAUAGAGGCUGGGGUCGAAAGGAAGGCCUUAGCCUCCAGACUGUGACCACCAGCCUUGUACUUAACUGGUCCCCACUGGUCCUUGGACUUCAGGACUUUGCCUCCAAAGCUCCCACCCCAUUCAACGCCUACCUCCCUGGGGCCCCCAGAGGCUUGGGGACCCAAGAGCCCACGUGAGGGCCUCUCAAGGGCAAAGACAAAGCCUCCAGGUCCUGCACCCUUCUUCUGUCCUCCCCUUUGCCCAGGACCUGAGCUGAGAACUGGGUCAGGGUCUACAGAAGAUGGUGGCUGGGGCCCCAAUCUGGGACAGAGAAGGGAUUGGGGUUGGGCUAGGAUGGUCAAGGAAGGAGGGUCACCAGGAUCCAAAGUUUAGGAGAGUCCCCUCCACCCUCCUGCCUCGCCACCCCCCUUCUCUGACGUUCUUCUACUUUUCUUUUUUUAAUGAUAAAGUCUUAAAAACACAAA